UUCUUCUUCUUCCUUAGAAGUUAGAACUAACGCUAUUUCAUCAUUUCUCCUGAUAUCAAAAUAAGCGUUUGCGUCUGGAUUGUAAAGUCGAACUCAUUCAUCAAUGGAAGAGGUGAAGAAGAAGAAGGACGUAUACUCUGUGUGGGCAUUGCCCGACGAGGAAACGGAACCGCGAUUUGUAAAGCUAAUGGAAGCUCUGAGAUCCGAGUUCUCCGGCCCAAGAUUCGAUCCUCACGUCACCGUCGUCGGAGCCACGAGCCUGACGGCAGACGAAGCGAAGAAGAUGUUCGAAGCAGCUUGCGAAAGUCUGAAAGCUUACACCGCCACCGUAGAUCGCGUCUCCACCGGAACUUUCUUCUACUAAUGCGUUUUCUUGCUUCUCAAAUCCACUCCAGAGGUAAUGAAAGCUGGUGAACACUGUAAGAACCAUUUCAAGUGUUCCACUACAACACCUUACAUGCCGCAUCUGAGUCUGCUUUACGCCGAGUUAGAUGAAGAAGGGAAGAAGAAAGCGCAGGAGAAAGCUUACGUGCUAGAUAACAGCCUCGAUGGCCUGAGUUUCCGGUUAACCCGACUCGCUCUCUGCAAAACCGAUACGGAAGAUAAGACUCUCGAGUCAUGGGAGAAAGUGGCUGUAUGCAAUCUCAAUCCUUAAGAAGAAAAGACUUAAAGUUCGGUUCUGUAAUAAAAGGUCUCAAUAUACUUUAUGUGUGUACCAUCUCUUCUUGCUCAUCGAAUAAAAUUACGAUACUAAUUCGCGGCAAACUUCA